UUCCGCCGGCUUUGAGGCGUGUGAUUGGUUGGAGGCUGUAUAGUCUGCGGUGAUUGGUUCGGUGUGCUUGUUUUCGUCCUGUUUUGCACCGGAAGUGAAACUGAACCAGCGCUGCUAACACGAACGUCUUCCAGAUCUACGUUUUGAUACCAGUGGUCUGUCUCCACUGACACCAUGUCUGACAGUGAUGGUCAAGCACGUGAGCCCGCUGGAUUGGAAGGUCUGCCACCACUGUACAGCAUUGCCAAGGGUGAAGUGGUUUCUGUGCAAACCUAUGGAGCUUUUGUUCGACUGCCAGGAUACAAGAAGGAAGGCCUGGUUCAUGUGAGUGAGAUGUCGGCCUCACGGGUUGAGAGCGCCUCCGAAAUUGUCGAUGUGGGUGAACAGGUGUGGAUUAAAGUCAUUGGGAAAGAGAUUCGUGAUGAGAAGGUGAAGAUGUCCUUCUCAAUGAAAGCUGUCAAUCAGGGAACAGGGCGGGACCUGGACCCCAAUAAUGUCAAUGCCGAGCAGGAUGCGAGGCGACGUAAGAUGUUCAGAGACCAAACUGGCAACAGGAUCACACUGGAGGCUGUGCUCAACACAACGUGUGCAAAGUGCGGCUGCAAAGGUCACUUUACAAAGGACUGUUUCUCUGCUCCGGGCUUGCAGUACGCUCUUUUGCCUGAAGAGGAGGCUGGAGAGCCACGGCAGCAACAACAGCAGCAGCCCUCAACAGCUGCUCUUAGGCCAGACUCAGACAAAAAGAAGAAGAAAAAGAAGGAGAAGAAAAUGAAGAAGAGGAAGAGGGAGAAGAAGGAGUCGGAGAGCGACAGCAGCCACAGCAGCGAGUGCAAAACCAAGAAGAGGCGUCACGACCCCACUCAUGACAAAGACGACAAGAAGAAGAAGAAACAUAAGAAACAUAAAUCUCACAAACACAGCUAAAACACACACACACACACACACACACACACACACACACACACACACACACACACACACACACACACACACACACACACACACACACACACACACACACACACUGCAGCUAUCACACGGACGCAAAAAAGGGAAGUGGUUAGCAAUGGAGUGACAGACAUCCAGUUGCGUAUCUUUAAAUAAUUUCUUCACCACCAGCUUAUUAUAGAAUCCUUUCCUAUAGAACCCCAUUCCUUAACGUUAAGGACAUUUUUGCUAAAUGUCUCUCCACGAUCUUAGAAGCAUGUUUAGACCUGUCAAGUUUCAAAAAGAAACUAAAUAGUUGGGAAGGAAAUAUCUGCAAACACAAAAAUAUCAGACGACAAGACCCACUUGUCCUAAUGAAACCUCUGGCUCCCCCGCAGUGGGAGGAAGCUCAUACAUCAUUCGAAACUAGAUAGGUGUAAACAAUAUGACAGCAAGUGGCUGUCCCCCAUGAAAUCCAGAUAUUGUUCACAGAUAUCCGGUUUCCAGCGCUCUGGGAAAUCCAUUAAGCAGAAAUGAGGCAGUAAGGCCGACUUCUUAGGGAGGGUCUGACAUGAAAGACCUUGACAUAAUCCACAUAAGCUACACAUACACACACACACAGAGGAAGAGGUAAAGACACAAACAGGAAAUGUGAUGCAGCGCAAGCGAGCAUGUCAGGAACCUCAUGCUACGACGAUAUCCUUAGGUAGCCCGCCGUUUAUUGUGCACUUGUGUGCGCAUCCAUGUUUGUUUAUAUAUCUUGCCUCCAGGGGCCUGCUCACAGUACACACACCCCUCUUCCUGCAUGUCAACUGUUAACUCCAUUAAAGGUGUUUUAUUUGUAAAAGUUAAAAAAA